AUGUCGUCGAAUAGAUCCAAGAGAUCAGAUCGUGGAAAAGUAUCGGCGAGGUCCAAGAGACAAAAGGGCAACCGGUGGUUGAAGUGCGUUUGCCUUUGAUUAAAUGUUUAUCAUUUUUAGCGAUGAUUUAGGGGCGGUAAUCGGGAUGGAAUCGACAAGGACACGUUGCAAUUGGCCGACGACGGAAGCAUCCUUUACGACAGUGCGCUCGAGAUGCUCAAGGGCUUCCAGAGCUUCUCGAAGGCUCUCGGCGAGGACGAGAAGAAGCAUCCGUAUGCGAAAGCGGCCAAAGCGUGCAGAGAGUACGCAAAGGAGGUACGAACGGUCCGAACGGAACACAACCACGCUCCAAUGAUCCAUUCAGAUGAGAAACGAGAAGGUGUCUUUUGAGGCGGGGGCCGGGCAGUUGGAGGGAAUGAUGAAGACGUGCCACGCGCUCAAAGAGCACUUCGGAUCGAGCAUCCUCUCGAAGCUCAUCAGUUUCAAGGACACCGAGUGCAAAAUCGUCGACAAUCAGAUGACAAUGUUCAAGAAGUUGCACGCGGACUACACGAAAAAGAAGAAGGCGAACGCCGACAAAGUGAUUCUCGAGGCCGCGGAGUCGUCGUUCAAGAAGGCGUUGGAAGAGGCGAAGGACACGUUGGGAAAGUUCACGAAGGCGGUGGGUGAAAGUUCGAUGGAGCGCACCGGAUAUGCGGAGAUUUUUCAGGGCACGGAGCUGAUGACGAGCAUCGCGGCGGACGCGAAGACCGGAUUCGACGCCUACUGUGAACAAGCGUCGAACUUGUAG